CUAGGAUUGCAGGAAGCUCAGUAUCGUAUGGUAACGGAGAUACAGAGGCAGACCAUAGGUUUGGCUUUACAAGGUAAAGAUGUACUUGGAGCUGCAAAGACUGGAUCAGGCAAAACCUUGGCUUUUAUUGUCCCAGCUUUGGAACUCCUGUAUCGCCAGCAGUGGACUUCAGCUGAUGGACUGGGAGUUUUGAUAAUAUCGCCUACCCGGGAACUGGCAUAUCAAACCUUCAAGGUUCUGCGUAAAGUGGGAAGGAAUCAUGAGUUCUCAGCUGGCCUUAUCAUUGGAGGAAAGGAUCUGAAAGAAGAGUCUGAAAGAAUCCACCACAUAAAUAUGCUAAUUUGCACUCCAGGACGGCUUUUACAGCACAUGGAUGAAACUUCCUAUUUCUAUGCAUCUGAUCUGCAAAUGUUGAUUCUUGAUGAAGCUGAUAGAAUUCUAGACAUGGGGUUUGCUGAUACAAUGAAUGCAAUCAUAGAAAAUCUACCUAAGAAACGCCAGACCUUACUUUUUUCUGCAACACAAACAAAAUCAGUGAAGGAUCUUGCACGGCUGAGUCUGAAAGAUCCAGAAUAUGUUUGGGUUCAUGAGAAAGCCAAAUUCAGUACCCCAGCGACUUUGGAUCAGAACUAUGUCGUUUGUGAGCUUCAGCAAAAAGUAAACAUGUUAUACUCUUUCCUGAGAAGUCACUUGAAAAAGAAGAGCAUUGUUUUUUUUGCAAGCUGUAAAGAGGUCCAGUAUCUAUUCAGAGUGUUCUGUAAGCUUCAACCGGGUCUUCCUGUACUGGCACUCCAUGGCAAGCAGCAUCAGAUGAAGAGAAUGGAAGUCUACACUUGUUUUGUUCGGAAAAAGGCAGCAGUACUUUUUGCUACAGAUAUUGCAGCUCGUGGCCUGGAUUUUCCAGCAGUGAACUGGGUCAUUCAGUUUGAUUGUCCAGAAGAUGCAAACACAUACAUCCACAGAGUGGGAAGAACAGCCAGAUACAAAGAAGGUGGUGAAGCUUUGUUAGUAUUGCUUCCCUCAGAAGAAAAAGGCAUGGUGGAACAGCUGGCACAGAGGAAAGUACCUGUCAGUGAAAUCAAAAUUAAUCCUGAAAAACUUACAGAUAUCCAAAAGAGGAUGCAAGCUUUCUUAGCUCAAGAUCAGGAGUUAAAAGACAAAGCUCAAAGGUGUUUUGUAUCCUACUUGCGUUCAGUUUACUUAAUGAAGAAUAAGGAAGUAUUUGAUGUUUUCAAAUUGCCUCUAGCAGAAUAUGCCCU